AAAUGUCUGGAUUUUUGGGAGUAGAAUAUAUAAGGUGUGUGGCCUGUGUGCUGCAGCAGAUCAGAGACUGACGACUGGGAGUUCACAUCAGUCAGUUUGAGAGACGUGAGAGAAGAAGCAGAGACAAUGCUGAGCUGUCGGUCUUUCCAACCUUCACGUCUGUGCCAGCAGCCUGUGUACACAUUGGGACCUGUUGAACACAGGCUCUGGGAGCCACUUCAAUGUAACGUAUGGAAACAGGUGGAAGAAGCGAGAAAGAGCAUGAACUUCAUGAAUCGAGUCCUUGAGGAGCUGACAGCAGAAUUUUUCGAGCAAGUACCAAGAACUCAUGAUAAAAUAUCUGAUAAUAACAGAGAAGUUAAAGGACAAUCUAAGGGGAAGGAUGGAGAUGACUUUUCUGUGUCCCUGAAUGUGCAGCACUUCUCCCCAGAAGAACUGAGGGUGAAAGUAUUUGGAAGAAAAGUUCUGGUGUCUGGAAAACACGAGAAGAAAUGUGAUGAUGGCAGCGGCUCUUACAGCUACAAAUAUGAAGAGUUCAGGAGAGAAUUCCAGCUGCCAGAGGAUGUCAAUGCUGAAGCUCUUCGAUGCUGUUUGUCACAGGAUGGUCAGUUAAAGGUUCAAGCCCCAAGCCUGGCAUUGCCAGCUGUGAAUGAACGGAUCGUCCCCAUCAACAUCACCUCAGACACAACAACCACUCCCUGGCUUAUUCCUGACCAAGAGGCAAAGAAACAGAAGAGCGGGAAGGAUGUGGGGAACAAGAAAGAUGACGAACAGAUGGACAGCUAUGAUGUUGUUUCAGUGAACUGUUGAAGACAUAAGACUUGUUGAAAAGCAGCGAUCAAUUUCUGUCAAUGUGCCAUCAAAAUAAAACUUUUGUUAACUUAUUUCUUUUGAACUUCAAUAACCGUACUAUGCUCUUAUCAGCAUUCAUGUGGACUAUUCAUAGAUGAAUGUUUAUUGGAUGAAUAAAUGAUUUAGAAUGUUAA